GAAUCCGGACAGGACACAGGUACUAUGUCUCAGCAGCUUCUCUACCGGGCUUUGGUGUCUGCAAAGUGGGUCUCUGAAGCUAUCAAAUCUUCUCAAGCUGGGUUGGCUGUACGGCUCCUGGAUGCUUCCUGGUACCUCCCGAAAAUGAAGCGCAAUCCUCGGAGUGAGUUCGAGGAGCGCCACAUCCCUGGAGCUGCCUUCUUUGACAUUGACCAGUGCAGUGAUCGCACUUCACCGUACGAUCACAUGCUACCCAGUGCAGGGCAAUUUUCAGAGUAUGUGGGCAAGCUGGGUGUGGGCAGUGACUCCCAUGUCGUGGUGUAUGAUGCAAGUGACCAGGGCUUGUUCUCUGCCCCUCGUGUCUGGUGGAUGUUCCGAGCCUUUGGGCACGAUGCGGUUUCUCUUUUGGAUGGUGGGCUGAAGAACUGGAUGCGGGAGGGGUUUCCGGUUACCUCCCAAAAGAGCAGACCUGUGCCUGCAGAAUUCCAUGCCACUCUGGACAGAUCAUUAGUCAAGACCCACGAGGAGGUUAAGGAGAACAUUGAAUCAUGCCGCUUCCAGGUUGUGGAUGCACGAUCGGCGGGCCGGUUCCAAGGGAUGGAGGAAGAGCCACGGGAAGGUAUUGAACCUGGACACAUCCCUGGCUCGGUGAACAUCCCAUUCACUGAAUUCCUUACUGAGACUGGCGUGGAGAAGAGUCCAGAGGACAUCCACAGCUUAUUUCAGAAGAGGAAAAUGGAUCUCAAGAAGCCCCUCGUGGCCACUUGUGGCUCAGGAGUUACUGCUUGCCACGUGGCGCUGGGGGCAUAUCUCUGUGGCAAGCCUGACGUGGCCAUUUACGAUGGAGCUUGGGUGGAAUGGUUCAUGCGGGCACAGCCGGAAGACAUCAUCUCAGAGAGAAGGUGGAAGAACCCUUGA